AUGCCCCGGCGAGCGCAGCCCUCGGGCAUCCUCUGCACCCCGGGCUGGAGGGAAUCGCGGCUUUGGGGGGUGACACAAAAGCACUGGGGCCCUGAUGGUCAGAGGACAUGCACAGGCCUUCAGCGGGAGAGUGGUGUGUGGGGAAAAUCCAGCCCUACCAAGGAAUCUCUCCCUUCCCAAAACACGGCAUUGGUUUCACCAGUAAUCAUUGCACAGAUUGAUGAGGAGAAGCCCUCUGUGCCUAUGCAGGCCCUGCUCCCCCAGCCCAGAGCUCCUCACACAGAACCAUCCUUGCCUAACCAGGGGCCAGCCACCGUUAGCAGAACAUUUCUGGUGCUUCCCAGCCGCUUGGAGAUUCAGGCGUCCUUAGAAGACACCAUGUCACCAUCAGACUCUCCCAGCCCAAAGCAGUGUCCAGGCCAGCAGAGGGGCUUUGCCUCCAUCACUGUCACAGCCAGGCGUGUUCCUGUGCGCUCUGGGGAGCGGGCAGGUGGCCCUGGGGCUGGCCAGGAGCCCAGCACCGUGUCCCCCAUGCCCAGCACAGUCCCUGCUCUCCUCGAGCGCUGGCCUCCCCCAGCCCACGCAAACCAACCUCCUUUAAAGGCUCCCAAGUCUUGCUCAAAAUUAGGUGAAGAACCCCAAAAGCAGCUUUUUGACCCUGGCAUCAAGGAGGAUGGUGUGGGUCUCCAAAGCAGUGAUGGAAGGGAGAAAAUUCCACCUUCAUUCAUCUCCUGUGUCCAGCUCCAGGUGUCUGAGCCCUGUCCAAACACCAUCUAUUAUUUGGACAGGUCACUUAGCGUGUGCAUUGACCAACCUCGAGUUAAAUGCCAAAAAAUGUACAGAUCCACGUUGUCCUUGAGCCUGAAGUGCAGUUUGUCCGGAUUAACAGCAGAUGGAGUAGAUGGCAUAGCUAAUGGAGAGCCCAUGGAGGAGAGAGCUCCAAGGAAGCUCCCAGGAGCACACGGGGCUCUGCUCAGAUCCCACCUGAGCACAGACUUCACGGGAAAUAAGGUAAUUAAGGAGGAGAAAACAAAAGAAGGACAUUUGGGUCGUAAAUACCCUUUCCAAAGUGUCUUUGCCUCGGGACUUCCAGCAUUUGUGGAUAUUCCCAGAGGACCUCACAAGGCAGCAGCAGAGGAAGAGGACGAGCAGCCUGGCAGCCACCACACUGUGUUUUCCCUCCAAAUUCCUCAUUCAAGCAAUGAGGCAGGAACACCAAUGCUGUUGGGAAGCAGGAAGAGGAGCAGCACAACAACCCCUGGCUCCCUUCCAGUUGCAGCCUCCAGAGAAACCAUUGCUGCUGCUCCUGAUGGCUCAUCCAACGGGGCAGAUCCCUCCAAAGACACCUCCAAACCCAAAGAGAUCCAAGCACAGGGUGUCCUGAAACCAAAAAUGUCUGUCUCCAACAGCACAUGCAACAUAAAGGCGUCAUCAGGAAUCCUCUGGGAAGAAAAUGUUCACAGGCAAAAGCAGCUCCUAAAAAGCAAUUAUGAAUUCCCUGCUCCGAGGGACAGAGCAGAGGAGCUCGAGGCACAGGACAAGCAAGGCUGGAGGGUGCCCCUGUCCAGGGUGGUGAACCUGUCCAGGAUGCCCCUGCCCAGGGUGGCACUGCCCAGGGCCCGCUCUCCAGGUGUGGCUUGGGAGAAAAACCUGCUCACCUGGCCAGAACCCCGCUCCCAGCAGGAGAAAACUCCAGCAGCUCCAUGGACACUGAGGGAAGCCCUGGAGCUCCACAACCCCCAGUUCAUCUCCCGCUCCCAGCAGAGGCUGAAGAGGCUGGAGCUCAUGGUGCAGCUGAGGAGGGCCCAGCACAGGGAGGCUCCCCCAGGCACCCCCCGAGCUCGGGCUCGCAAGCUCUCCACCUCCACGUCCAGCAAGAAGAGGCAAUUCACCAUUCCUGACCCUCUCAGUGAUAACCUCUUCAAACCAAAGGAGAGAGUCAUUCCCGAGAAGGAGAUGCACAUGAGAUCUAAAAGGAUUUAUGACAAUUUACCUGAGGUUAAAAAGAAACAAGAAGAGAAGCAGAAGCGCAUCAUCAUCCAGAGCAACAGGCUGCGUGUGGAGAUGUUUAAAAAGCAAUUACUGGACCAGCUCCUCCACAGAAACACAGAGUGACAAAGGAGUCUCUUGCUCAUCAUCCUAAUUGGAUCUUGAAUGCCUCUGACUUCUAGAUAAGCCAUAAAAUUAACUGUUAUCUCAAUUACCUGGAGGUAUUUUUCUUAUCAUUGGCUCUUUGUAUAAAGAAAGAUCAUUUAUGUUUCAAUUGAAAUUUUAAGGCAACUUUCUUGUAAUCAAAAACAGCCUAAAAGGGAGCACAGCUGUUCCAGAGCAUCACCUUUUGGUCAUUUUACCCAGAGGAAAUAAUUUUAAGAAUUUUUAAUGCAAAUACUGAAUCAGAGGGGUAUUAUUUAUCUUAAUCUUUUUUUUAAAAAGCACACUUCUCUGUAGCAAUAGCCCAGUGUUUAUAAG